GAACCGGUUGUGUCAAAAAAACAACAACAACAGCAAAGGUGACUGAGCAGGUUGGACGAUAUCGCCCAGUCACGUGAAUCCGUGCGUUCGCCCAAGAUCCACGCAGAGAAAGACGAAUGCCACGGAAGCCCGAGAGAGAAACAAAGCGACCGAGUGGACAGGACGCUAAAGAAGGGGGCAAGGGGGGGGGAAGGACCCCGAAGAGAAACGGACAAAGCGCCAGCCGGAUCGAAGGAGUGACGCGAUGCCUCCGCCCCGGCCGGUCCCCAAACCGAGAGCCCGCUACGCGAGGGACAACCUGGGCUCCGCCUCCUCGCCGGACGGCCAGUCGGCAAAUCAGACGCGUUUCGACGGAGAUCAGUUUGGCACGGAUGAAGACGCCGGGUCGCCUGUCGACGUUCCAUACGGGGUCGCGGCCGUCGGCGGCUCGGCCUCCGGCCCGACCCCCUCGUCUCCCCCAUCCGUACACAGCAUUGCUAGCGACAUUGCUAAGCGCAUCCCCAGCUUAGCCGGGGCGGCGAGCGCCAUCUCCCACCCCGCCGCCGCGCCUACGCGAAGCUCCUCCGGCACGCCGCCCGCUAACUUGGCCGCCGUCGUGAGCUCCCUGUCAAACGUACCCAGCUUAGCGGGUAUGCUGAGCCUGGCGGCGAACCCGCCGUCCCAAUCUGCCAAAGCCAUCCGUCCUUCGACAUCCGACGAUGCCAUCGUCGCGGACUCGCCGGCACCAGCGGAGGGCCAGGCAGGACUCGCGGGACUGGGUCACGAGGAAGAGGACGACGAUCUCUACAUCACCGUGUUGGAAAGUUGGGAGGACGACGCGGAUUCCGACUCGUCCAAUGAGGAGGACCUGUACCAAAACUGGCCCGGCUCCUCGCCGGCGAACGGUCCCAUGAGAGGGGACCUCGUUGACAGCCUGCUCAACGGCGCCAACCGCUCGCCGAGCGCGACGCCUCCUCGGCCGGCCGCGCCGCCCCCUUUCCAGGUGGCCCAAUCGGCCAAGAGCAGGAAGCCUUCCAAAGCAAAGACGCCAAGCGCGGCAACCAUCCGAGUGUCGAGAAAGAAAGGACACGGCCCGCCCGCCGACCCGCAGAGCGCGGUGGUCCGAGCAAGCUGGUUGGACGUCUGGAAAGGCUUCAGACACAACGUCUUUUGGGCCACGCUGGACGGGCAGUUGAUGUCUCUGUGGAAAAAACGCACGGACCAGUUCAGCGAGGUUCUCUUCCACGUGUCCAGCAUCACAAACGUGAAGAAACUGGAGAGGGGAAGAUUCUCCGUCUAUUUCAAGAAGAAGCAUUACGACUUCAUGGCCCACAGCGACGACGUUCGGGACGGCUGGGUGCAGUCUCUGCUGGCGUCCCGGGGCCAGCCGGGCCCCGCCGCCCCGGACCUCCACGGGGCCAUCACGGUCAAGGACCCCAAGAGCCACUUCUACGCCGCCAUCUGGGGCCACGACUUCUGGAUUUACCAGAACAAAGACGGCUUCCAACUGGGCGUGGCCUGCUACAGCAUCCCCCUCAACCUGGCCACCGUCCGGACCGCCGGCAAACACUCCUUCACCCUCGCCACGCCGUUCCGGACCUUCAGCCUGUCCGUGGAUUCGUCCAAGGAUCUGUCCGCCUGGCUGGCGGGAUUGUCCUCGUCCAUCAGCAGCGCUCUGUCCUGCAACCAGGUGGCCACGCGUCUGUGGAAGAACCCGUCCAACCGACAGUGCGCCGACUGCGGCGCCGCCGACCCCGAGUGGGCGGCGGUCAACCUCCUGCUCGUCAUCUGUCACAGCUGCGCCGGGCAGCACCGGGCUCUGGGCAGCGCCGUGUCCAAGGUCCGCAGUCUCAAGAUGGACAACAAGGUGUGGACCGAGCCGCUGGUCCAGCUGUUCGUUGCCCACGGUAACCGUCUGGCCAACCGGGUGUGGGCCCCCCUGAUACCCGCCGCGGAGAAGAUCGGUCCGGAGGCCUCCGAUGAGAGCAGGUCAAAGUUCAUUCAGGAUAAAUACGGCAAGGGGCGCUACCGACGAGUACACGCCCUCGCGUCCUCUGCCGAGGCGAUGCAGCAGAGGCUGCGAGAAGUCGUUUGUGGCGGCGACGUGGAAGAAACCUUCUCGCUCAUCUGCUCGGGGUCAAAGGUGUGUCAAACGGACCCCCUGAGCCCCUCCGCCAUCCAGCUGGCUGAGAGAGCAGGGCAAGCUCUGCAGGCCGAGCUACUCAGACUCAACGAGUACACAGAGGUUCCGCCCUACUUGCCCAAAUCGGGACAUAGGAGAGCGGAGUCCAGCUGCUCAGGAGACGAAGACGAGGAGCUUCACGGCAAACUGGAAGAAGAUCGCUUCCUCUUCUCGGUGGAAAACGACUCGGCGGCUUGCGACGUGCUCGACUUGCGGGAGGUUUUGUCGCUUUUCCGAAAAGACGGGGCGACUUUUCAGUUUGAGUUGAUCACGUUAGACAACCGCUUCGUUUGCGUGGCCGACAGUGAGGACGAACUGCUCAUUCACCUGGUGCACAUCCUCAAGGUGAUCCUCCCGGCCGGCGUGUCGUACGCCGAGGUGUGCGGAGCGGUGGGGGUGAGCAAAGUGCGCGUGCUGGAAGACGGCGGCGCCUCGGACAACUCGGAGGCCUGGCUGCUGCUGUGGGACGGCGGCGUCAGCGUCCAUCGCGUUCGCCGAGACGCCAAGCACACCUUGAAGAUGGAGCUGAGCGCGCUCAGUCACCACGAAAUGGACCCGUCGGAAGACCUCGUCACCGUGGUCCUCGGGCACAGGCGCGUGUCGCUGCACUUUGACGAGCACGAGAGCUGCGGCAGAUGGUACCGCCUCCUGCAGGGCGCUUUGGGCGCUGCGGACGCCGGGGAAUCUCCCGUCCGCUCCGACCCGACCCCGUACCCGUAUCCGCCGAGCGACCUCAAGGAGACGGACUCGGUGCCGCUCGCCGUCCAGCGAUGCAUCCAACACGUCAAGAGCUACGGUCUGAAGGUGGAGGGCGUUUACCGGCGCUGCGGCCUGGCCUCCAAAGUGUCCCAGCUGGUGGAGGCCCUGCUGAGAUCGCCGUCUUCCGCCCCGCUGGAGUCGGACGAACAGGGCGCGCUGGACGCCGCCGCCGCCCUCAAGCGGUACAUCCGGCAACAGGAAGGGCAACUCUUUCCCGAGAGCGACCGCAAGGACUGGAUGCGCGCCGCCGCCAUUUCAGAUGAGCGCGCCAGGUUCUCCGCCUACCGACGCCUGCUCCGGCAGCUGCCCUCCGCCAAGCGAGUCACGCUCAAUGCCUUGUUUGGACACUUCCACAUGGUCCAGACGUUCUCUCAGGUCAACAAGAUGUCGGCACACAACCUGGCGCUGGUUCUGGUUCCGUCACUCUUCCACAGUCUGAACGGCGACCUGCUCAAGCUCACCCGCGAGUUGGUCCUGUACCACCCGCGGCUCUUCCUGACGCACGAGGAGUUGGAGGAGGAGGAGGAGGAGGAGGAGGAGAUCACCGUCCUCUGAACAACUGGAA